CUCAGAACCUUUUUGUUCUCAUCUGUGCCACAGAGACGUAGCUGGUAGUUUCUGCUUUCUCAAUUUCUCAAAGUUUUAACCUUUUGAAUUUUUUAUUCUCUCUGCUACAUUUGGGUCAUGCUGUGUUGUUUCAUUGUUUGAGCUGCUUCAAACUCAUCUCUUUGGUUGAUAUAUUGAUAUGGCCAUUGUGUUGAGUUUCCCGUUUCAGUUUCACACUUGUCUUCACAAGCUUUGUUAUUGUUCCUUUCUUAGUGUCCCUUUUCAUACCAAUGCUUAUACUGGCACACAUAGUAAUCUCUUUAGCAUUGUUUUAUCGUCACCACCAAAACACUGUGUGCUAUCAAUUGGAUCUACACGGUUUCAUGAGUCUACGCCACUGUCUAAGGACACGGUUCCUGCUGUUGUCGACUUUGGUGUUUGGGAACAAGAAAAACAUGUUGAUGAUGAAGGAAGAGGAGAAUUUGAUACAUCUUUUGUGUCCAAGAAGGAAUUGCCUCCUUGGGGAGAAGUAGAAAUGGAAGAUUUCAAUGAUGGUGGUGGUGGUGGUGGUGAUUGUGAUGAUGAUGAUGAUGAUGAAGGAAGAGAAGAAUUUGUUACAUCUUUUGUGUCCAAAAAGGAAUUGCGUCCUUGGAGAGAAGUAGAAAUGGAUGAUGAUGACGACGAUGAUGAUGAAAGAAUAGAAGAUGUUAAUGCAUGUAUUGUGACCAAGAAGGAAUUCCUUCCCAGUGGAGUAGAAGAUGAUGAUGAUGAUGUUGAAGGGAGAGAGGAAUUCGAUACAUCUUUUCUAUCCCAAAAAGAAUUGCCUCCGUGGGGAGCAGCGGAGGAUGAUGAUGAUGAUGGAGGAAGAGCUAAUAUUGAUGCAUAUUUUGUGGCCAAGAAGGAAUUGCUUCCCCGGGAUUCUAGACCUGUUCAAUCUACUUUGUCAGCUUCAGGGGAGACGGGACUAAUGAAUGAGCAUGGGGCACUUUUUCUGGAAGAAUUGGAUGAGAAUGUGCUAUCUAAUAGGAUUUUGGUGCUUAGCAGAACUAACAAGAUUAGAAGUGCCAUGGAGUAUUUUAGGUCUAUGGAAUUAUCUGGUCUUUGUCCAAAUAUCCAUGCCUGUAAUUCUCUUAUUUCUAGCCUUUUGAGAAAUGGGUGGUUUGAUGAUUGCUUCAAAGUGUUCAAUUUUACAAGAGCAAGAAGGAUCACAACAGGGCAUACUUAUAGCUUGGUUCUUAUGGCACAUACAAAAGUUCAUGGGUGCAAUUCAGCCCUUAGAUUCUUCAGAGAACUUGAAAGUGAAUGUGAUGCGAGGAAGGAUUUCGAUGCAAUUGUUUACAACACCGUGAUAUCGAUUUGCAGAAAUGUUGACAAUUGGAGUGAAAUAGAGAGGUUGUGUAGGAGUAUGAAGGCGAAUGGGUGUGCUGGAACACAUGUUACAUAUUGCCUAUUAAUCACUAGUUUUGUGAGAUGCAACCAAAGCGAGCUUGCUCUUUAUGCUUACCAUGAAAUGGUUCAAAAUGGAUUUGAACCAGAUAGCAAUACACUGAAUGCUAUCAUUAGUGUAUGUGCAAAGGAGGGAAAAUGGGAUGCUGCAUUAAGUGUCUUUCAGAAAAUGUUGAAGGAUGAACUUAAGCCAAACUUAGUUGCAUGCAAUGCAUUAAUUAACUCACUUGGUAGAGCAGAGGAACUCAAACUAGCUUCUCAGGUCUACAACACAAUGAAACGAUUGGACCUUAAACCAGAUGCAUAUACAUUCAAUGCUCUACUAAGUUCUCUUAACAAGGCCGGUAGGCCUCACAAAGCUCUUCAGCUUUCUGAGAUGAUUGAAAGAAAUGAAACAUCUCAAUUCAAUAUACAUUUAUACAAUACUGUUUUAAUGUCUUGCUCAAAGCUUAGGUUAUGGGAUAGAGCUAUAGAAAUUUUGUGGCAGAUGGAAGCUUCUGGACACUCUGAUUUGACGAUGUCAUAUAAUCUUGUCAUCAGGACCUGUGAACUUGCAAGGAAGCCAACAAUUGCAUUGCAGGUGUACAAGCAUAUGGUUCAUCAGAAGUGCAGUCCAAACAUAUUUACUUAUCUGUCUGUAAUUAGAUGCUGUGUUUGUGGAGAUCUCUGGGAAGAAUUAGAAGAAAUCCUAUAUCAGCCCAUGCCAAAUGCCACUCUUUAUAAUGCCGCAGUUCAAGGGCUGUGCUUACGUGGCAAGGUUAACUUGGCAAAUAAGGUCUACACAAAAAUGCUAGAAAGUGGUCUUCAACCCGAUGUCAAAACACAAAUACUAAUGCUUCGCAUGUUAAGGAAGUAGUCAGUAGUUGUUAUAACUAACUUGACAGUUUUGCAAUGAUGACCCAAAGGAGGGGAAUAUAGCAGUUAGCUGAAUCAGGGCCAGUCGAAUAAUAAAUAUUGUUUUUUUGGGUUUUUGGAGAGAGAAUUGCAGACCAAGAUUUUACUCUAAGUUUCCAACAACUGAAGUUCUUGUCUGCACACUUUUCUUUCUUUUCUUCUUCCUUUUGGUGCUGAGGUAUGUAAAGAAGCUUUUUGCUUGAUAUGUAUGUAAAUGAUGUAAAUGCGCAAGUUUUGUACAUUUUUUUCCUGCUAUAGUUUGUUCAGUCUUCUUCCUCAGUGUUGAUUCUGUACAAUUUCUUGUGCUUUUAAACGCAAGUUUUGAUAUUAUUCUUGUAGUAUUUCAUGAGCUUGCACUCAUAAUUUUGGUAUUUCUUAUUAUAUGUGGACGAUCGUACUUUCCCUUUUCUAUGCUGAGAGAUUCUAAAGAUCAAUGUAAUGACUUACUUUAGUCUGUAAGCAAAAAAUGUGGAAACAAGUAUUGUUUCCUCCUGCCCAGAACUGUGUUGAUACGAGUAUUUGUUUCAAUAGAACUAUACCGUGUGAAGGUUUCCCUUC